GCAGGCCGAGGGCCAGUCCCCCGCGCCCGGCCUCCGGCAGCCCGCUCGCCGUCCCGCCCCACCCCGCCCCGCCGCGGGACGGGUAACGGUUACGAAGCACUUUCUCCGCCGCGAUUUCUGCUUAGUCAUUGUCUUCCAGGAAACAGCUCCAUCAGUUGGAAGUCAGCCCUCCCGCGGCGGCAGCAGUCGCGGGAGCCGCAGCCACCAGCGCGUCCUUCCCGGGUCGCCGCCGCGCCGCCCCCGGCCUCCCUCGGGCCCGAGCGCAGGCCGAGCUCCCGCCGCGCGGGGCGGGCAGCCUCGCGCUCGGCUUUCCGGCCUCGGGCCCCGCGUCCUGCCGGGCGGCCUCCUUCCCCGCCGGGCCCGCUCCGUCGGCCGCUGCCAUGGGCACCGACAGCCGCGCGGCCGGGGCGCUGCUGGCGCGGGCCCGCACCCUGCACCUGCAGACCGGGAACCUGCUGAACUGGGGCCGCCUGCGGAAGAAGUGCCCGUCCACGCACAGCGAGGAGCUUCGAGAUUGUAUCCAAAAGACCCUGAAUGAGUGGAGUUCCCAGAUCAGCCCGGAUUUGGUCAGGGAAUUUCCAGACGUCUUGGAAUGUACUGUGUCUCACGCAGUAGAAAAGAUAAAUCCUGAUGAAAGAGAAGAAAUGAAAGUUUCUGCAAAACUGUUCAUUGUAGGAUCCAACUCUUCAUCAUCAACUAGAAAUGCAGUUGACAUGGCCUGUUCAGUCCUUGGAGUUGCGCAGCUGGAUUCUGUGAUCAUUGCUUCACCUCCUAUUGAAGACGGAGUUAAUCUUUCUUUGGAGCAUUUGCAGCCUUACUGGGAAGAAUUAGAAAACUUAGUUCAGAGCAAAAAGAUUGUUGCCAUAGGUACCUCUGAUCUAGACAAAACACAGUUGGAACAGCUGUAUCAGUGGGCACAGGUAAAACCAAAUAGUAACCAGGUUAAUCUUGCCUCCUGCUGUGUGAUGCCACCUGAUUUGACUGCAUUUGCUAAACAAUUUGACAUACAGCUGUUGACUCAUAAUGAUCCAAAAGAACUGCUUUCUGAAGCGAGUUUCCAAGAAGCUCUGCAGGAAAGCAUCCCUGGCAUUCAGGCACACGAGUGGGUGCCCCUAUGGCUGCUGCGGUACUCGGUCAUCGUGAAAAGCAGAGGAAUCAUCAAAUCAAAAGGCUACAUCUUACAAGCUAAAAGAAGGGGCUCGUAGCUACGACUUAGGAUCAUAACCUACUGACUUGUAUUUUCCUUAAAUAUCAGAUAAAAUUGAGAUGUGUAAAAGUUUAAUUACUGCCUGAAGGGGUGUCACUGGGGCAGGUCGUCUUUAAUUACAUUUGACAAUAUGUUGUCUGUCAAGUUUUAAUACUUCUCUUGCCUCCAUGUCAGUUCACUUACAUGAACCACUGUAUUGUUUUCAUUAAACUAUUGUUUUCUAAUUGAAAUUGUCUAUAAAGAAAAUACUUGCAAUAUAUUUUUCCUUUAUUUUUAUGAAUAAUAGAAAUCAAGAAAAUUUGUUGUUAAAUAUAUUUUGGCCUAGGCAUCAGGGUAAUAUAUAUAUAUACAUAUUUUUGAUUUCCAAAAAAAUUCAUUAAUUGCUUCUGAUUCUAUAGUAUAAUAAAGCAACUUAGUUAGAAUUGUUCAAACUGAAAUACUGCAAGAUAUUUUUCCUGUCAUUGAUAAGAUGACUAUAUCUCGGAGUAACUGGAGUAGCUGGGAUCUACUAAUAGUGUUAAUAAAAUUCAUUUCUUCAAUACAUGAAUGGAAACUUAAAUUUUUUUACGUGUCCUUGCUUGUAGUUUACCUGUAAUGAUUGAACCUGGUAUUCUUGUGCCAUAUUUUCUCUUGCUGUUAUUUAUAAAGACAAACCAAAGUAAAUCUGAAAAGGAGACUAGAAGCUUUGAAAUUAUUGUUUGGGGGUUUUUAUAAAAGUAACUUUUACCACCUCCAGAUGCUUUUUAAUUCUUCAUCCAUCCUUAAUAUUUUGCUAUUCAUUGAAGAAUAUUCAAUAAGUAUUGAGCACUUACUAUGUGCUGCGCACUGUGGGCUCUGGAGAGAGGACAGGGCACAGGGAUUAAAAAUCAGUUGAGUAAAACAUGGGGUAUUUGUUCCCCACUAAUAACUGACUAUGAGGGUCUAAAAGCCAGAAAAGGGGUGAAAAAAAUCUUUAAUUCAGGGCCAUUGUUGUCUGUUUAGGUAAUUUCAUUUGAGAUACAGUCUUAACUAUUUAAAAGCAAAACAGUAUAAUCUAAACUUUAGAGCUAGAAGUGACUAUAGAUCAUUUAGUAUAAUUCCUCUUUAGUUUAAGAACCAGAAAAUAGCAAAUAAAUAAGCUGUGACCUUUAAUAUAUACUAUAGGUCUCCUUAAUUCUAUAAAUUUGUAUCUGUAACCCAAAUAGUUUGAAAAAUUCUUUAAAAAUCACUUGCAUCUCAAUCAAUACUUUGAAAUCAUGUAUCUUAAUACAUGGUUUAUAAAACUAAACUAAUUUUAUAUACAUAAAUUAAUAUAUAAAACUAAGUUUGCUCGAUUUUUUUCAACUUAGGGAAAAGAACUGUGGUUCCAUAUCCAAAAUAAAUACACUAGGCUCUUUUCCUAUCCUAAGUAAGGUUUUGUGAUUUACUGCUUGCAUAAUUUGAUCAUUAGAAUUAUAAUUUGAAAUCAGCUGAUUUGCCUGUUAAACUUGUUUAGACUUUGAGCUUCCUAAAGCCUUAUAGAGCCUUUAUAUUAAUUGUAUGUAAUGUUAUUAAAUGUAUAUAGUUAACUUUUUUAUUUGGAAAUGUACAACAUUUUUCAUAUAACAUAAGUCUUUAAACAAAUGCUCAUUUUAAUUUAAGCCUCUACAGGAAUUAGUCAAGAUAUUUUAAGAGGAAACUUUAAUAUCACAUUUAUUGUUUUUUAAAACACUAGACUUAGAAAAAUAGAUUGAAGGGUUAUUUUGAAAAUGGAAAAAAAGCUUAUGUUGCUAAUGUAUCCAAACUUCAGCAAGAGCUUUACUGUGUGCUUUUUCCCCCGCUCUUGACAAAGACGCCAGAUUAUAGAUUCGUUUUGUGAAAGGGAUCAUGUAUGGAAUUUUUAGAUGAGUGUUUGUUUUUUUCACUUCUGUACCUUUAAUUUCUGUUACUGAAUAACCUUUUUUGAAAAAUUGAUUUUUUUCUAAGACUGUAAUUUUCCAAGCUGAUGUUCCCAUCUUUUUUUUCCAUGACCUAUCAGAAUAUAGUGAAUACUUUUCAGAUAUUGAAGGACUUAAUGUUUAAAAAGCCAUAAAAUAAAGAGCGGUAAUACUACCAAAUAAUUGCUUAAAGAAUUGCUUAAAGCUGAAAGCUUAGUUAUCAAUAGUGUAUAUAACAUAUGUUUUCUAAGCAGAUGUGUAUCCAGUGACCCAAGGUAGAAAGAAUUUAUAUAAUUGUUUUUUUCCAGUAAACAUGAAAAGAAGCUGCAACUUGUUAUUACAUUUCCAAAAUACACUGGAGCCUUACUUUAACACAACGUACUGUAACUUGGAAUUCCCAUCCAGGAAACUGUAGUCACCAGAAGAACCAAGGUGUCUUAUAAAAUAUGUUCAUGUGGUGUAAAUUCCAAAGACCACAUCGUGCCGGCGUACUAAUCGAGUACCCGUGCCAAGAUGGCCGGCGCUAGAACUCGGAUCACAAAUAAUAGCUAAGAAUUUUUCUUUUUCUUUUCUCAAAAAAGACUAUUUAGACGGCUGUGUGUGACAUGGGAAAUAAAGUUAUUCUG